UCCGGAACUUUGUUGUGUUUUUAAACAAAGCAAGAAAGUGUCGUCAACACAAAAUCGCCCCAGUGGAAGCUUCACAAUGUCGCUCGGAUGUCGGUAAACGCCAGCGUCCCCUGGUGUGCGAUGAGCUUUCUCUGUAGCUUCUCCGCUGCGCUCCAGACCGCUUUUGAUGUGACUGCUGGGCGGAGCGGCUCGUGCUAGUUUUGCUGCUAGGUGCUUUCCGCUAACAAUAACCUGCCUUCGACUCACAUGGCUGCCGUCCUCGUCUCCUCGCUGCUCGGCUAGACCGCAACAGUAGCCCGGCGUCUCCCGUCCUCGACCUGACCUCAUGGAUCCCGGUGGAAGUGACCUGGACUCCAGCCUGCCUCAGCCUGAAAACCCGUGCCUGAUCGUGGAGGACUCCCAGCCGGACAGCGUCGCUUUGGAGGACGAUCCCGAGAGCAGCUACCGAGCUCUGCUGGCUCGCCGCCUGUCCAGCCUGCAGCCCACCGCCCGCAGCCCGGUACUGGAGCUGAUAUCCUCCCCGUUAGGAAGCAGAAGCUCUCAGACCGACAGCCAGUCUGACAACAACAACCAAGCUGAACCUGAAAUUCUCACAUCCGCCAACCCAACAUCAGCGUCCCAGGAGCAGAGUCAAGUCAUAACCCUCUGCCCUCUGCCCAACAGGAAGAAGUGUUUGCUAGAAGACGCUGAAAUGGAGUCUGGAGCUGAUUCUACAACACACUGCGUUCAGUCUGAUGGAGGAUCUUCUCAGUUUGGCUUCCUGAUGCUCUCUCAGAGUCAGGACCUGCGCGACGAAGAGCUGAACAGUCAGGACGGAGACAUCGUGCCUCAGUCAGACAGCGAGAGAUGCAGCAAAUCAGCAGAGCAGAACGUCAGCUCAAGAACUUCAGAGAGUCAGGACAACAAAGCAGUGAGGUCGGAGGUCAGCUCCAGCAGCUCGUCGGACUGUUUGGGUCCGUCGGCCCGGCAGAUGAACAUCCACACGCUGCUGCACUCGCAGAACCUGCAGGCCUCCGGAGAGCAGGACCGGCCGGACUGUGAGAUCCUGUCGUCGCAGCAGGACCUGUUCGACAACGACAAGUCAGGCACUGCGGUGGACAGCACCGUGUGUGAGCCGGAGCAGCCGGGCCACCCCACCUCCACCCCCGCCCACACCCUGCGGCUGCUGCACCUGUCCGGCCAGGGAACGCUGGUGCAGGAGAGUCUAUCCCAGAGCUCCGUGGACUACAUCGCCCCCACCCAAGACAACUUAAGCCCGACUCCGAUCAUUAUUCCCAGCUCGCCAACAGGACCAGAGAACGGUGCUGAUGAACCGAUGGACACUUCCCUUCCUCCAGACGACAGAGUGGCAGACAGAGACGAGCCGAUGGAGACCGAAUCCACUUCAAAGCCACAUCCGUCCGUCUCAACGCCGAUAUCCCAGAAUUCUCCGGGUUAUAUGUUAGAGCGUCCGCUUUCCAUCCCCUCCCAGCCACAGUUCUCUCAUGACGUGUUUGUGCCCACGCAGAGCCAGGAGGCCUCCCAGCAGUCGGCUAAGAAGUCUGCGUCGUUGCCUUGUGAGACUCAGUCUCAGAAGCUGGAGCCAGCUUCCUUCUCUUUGCCUUUGCAGCUGUCCGUAAACACGGACGGCGGCGGCGAGCAUGAUCCGGCCCCGGAGGAGGUUGAGGAGGACAGCCAGGCCACGCAGAUCGAUGAGCUGGAGGAGCCGUCGGCCAUCGAUGCCAGCGACUCUGCGAUUUCAAGCUGCGACAAGAAAGAGGAGCGUACCGCCGUCCCCCCGGAGCCGCCGGCUGCCGCCGAAUCACCGAAGCGCUGCAGCGAAGCGUCCAGUCUGUCCCAGAAAUCUGACACAGUGACUUCUCUGAAUGUACAAAAUGUGAAUGUAAAAGCGGCGUCCUGCUCUCAGCCGAAGCUCGACUCCUUCGAUCUGACCGCGAACAGCUGUGUGCAGGAGACCCCCCGUGACCCCAGUGACCUUUCGCCGCGCAGCUUCCCUUCCCAGUCCAAACUCUCCCAGUCAUCGGCGGUCGACGUAGUGAAGAGUUCUCUUGACUCGAGAGGAGAAAUGAUGAAAAAUCCGUCUUCUGUGGAAUCACUGUCACAGCAGCGCGGUGCUGCUAGUAACACUCAGUCGCAGAAACUGGGUGAGGAGGAGGAGGAGGAGGAGGUGGUGAUGGAGGAAGUUCUAGAGGAGGAGCAGAACACUACUGUAGCCUCAGGAAUGGCCUUGGUAAUCUCCGAGAGCCAGCUGCUGUCUCCUGAGCCCAUGGAGGAGGUGGAGGUGGAGGAGGAGCAGCCGGUGGAGGCGGAGGAGGAGGACGGCAGCGUCAUCAUCGUAACCGACAGCGAGCGGGACUCUCAGGUUUACCUGAAAGACACGACGCCGCUGUCAAAGACUAACGGCUCCCAACCCAUCGCAGACAAAACGUCGGCAUCCACCAACGGCCACCAGCCGCAGGAGAAAGAGGCGGAGGCUCCGGAGAGGCCGUCUCAGACUGAAAAGGCAGGAGACGAAGCAGACGGCCUCAAAGACAAGAGUCUGAGUGACAGCUCAGGAGAUAUUUCCUUCCACUUCACGCUGCCUAAAGAAGGCGAGCUGAUCGGCCCCGUUGUCGGAGCGACGCCUCCCCUCAUCAGCCAGCUGAAGCAGACCCUGAGACACAGACACAGCACUCCCAUCGAGAUCACCUCCUUUUCCGAAAAGUCGGGGACAGCGGGCGACGUCUCCACAGACGUAGUGAUGGCUGCCGGCGACGUCGCGUCGGGGGAAAGCGUGGAAGACUCGGCCGACAAAGGAGACGGGAAGCUGAGUCUGCGGAUGAAGCUGGUGACGCCGGUGGAGGAGGGCAGCUCGGAGCGCUUCAGCCUGCAGAAGCCGACGCUCUCUGAGGAGGACGGAUCAGUCACCAAGGUUACAACUCCUUCCACCAUCGUAGCCAGCAGCCCGUCGGUGUUCAGUCGGGUCCGACAGGCUCACCGUCAGCAGCAGCAGCAGCAGGAAGAUGAGGAGGAGGAGGAGGAAGGCCGACCAGGAGAAAACUCCUCACAUGUUCGAGGGGAGCUGUUCGUCUCGCCGCUGAGGAGCUCUCAGACGUCCUCACUCGGAUGCAACAGCCUUCCGAACAGCCAGUCGGAGCCUUUACAGCCCGAAGCACCGCAGGAGGCCGCCGUCCCCGCCGAGCCGUCUGGGGAGAGGCGAGGACCGCCUGAAGCUCCGGCGCCGCCGCCGUCCUCAAACAAGACGAACGUCAGGCAGAAGGCGGCUCUACCUCAGACCUUCGACAGCGUCGGCACCCCCACUCAGUCACGCAAGCGGACAGUUUCCCAGCAGACCAGUUUCGAUGCUGCGGGGCUUCGCUCUCCUGCUGGCAGGGGUGAACCGGAGUCUCCGUCCUUCAGAAGAGCUCCCGUCCCGUCGCACCGCAGACAUGUGCGAACCAUCCAGGAAGUGCGGACCACCGUCACACGGAUCAUCACGGACGUGUACUAUGAAGACGGAAAAGAGGUGGACCGCAAAGUCACGGAGGAGAACGAGGAGCCCGUGGUGGACUGCCACGUCCUGGACAGCGACAUCUCGCCGUGCCGCACCGGCAGCUCCGUGACCUCCGGCGACCUGGCUGACAUCAGCUCGCUGUCUUCAAAGGCGUCCAGCCUGCAGCACAGCUCCGGAGGGACCAGCAGCAGCACCGGCUUCAGCAGGCCGGACUUCAUCAUGCCGCCCAGCAGGGGGCCCAAAUCCAGCAGUCCCAGGAGGGGAGGUGGGCAUCAACAGAGGGGUCACAGGGGUCACAGGGGCCACAGGGGCCACAGGGCGGGGUCAGUGUUCACAGUGAGCCGAGACUUCAGCACCCUGGGGUCCCGGGCCUUCGCCCCGCACUCCCCCAGAGGACGGUCUAGAAGGGGGCGACCCCCGUCUCGGUCCUCUCCGUCCAGAGGCGGCGGCGGCUCGCUGCAGAGGCUCGGCGCUCACGGCCACCACCCCCACUCCUCGUCCGACGACGAAGCCUUCCACCGCAUGCUCCCGCCGCGCCUCCCCGUCAGCCCCACCGACCCCGAGCUCGCCAACCACUCGGACUCUCUCAGGUCGUCGCCCGAGGAGGCCAGCUCGGCCGGCAGCAGCUUCGUGGGCCUGCGGGUGGUGGCCAAGUGGUCGUCCAACGGCUACUUCUACUCGGGCCGCAUCAUCAGCGACGCCGGCGAGGGCCAGUUCCGCCUGCGCUUCGACGACGGCUACGAGUGCGAGGUGGCGGGGAAGGACAUCCUGCUGUGCGACCCCAUCCCGGUGGAGACGGAGGUCACGGCCCUGCUGGAGGACGAGUACUUCAGCAUCGGUGUUGUGAAGGGCCACAAGAUGGAGGGCCAGGAUCUGUUCUACAGCGUGGAGCGGGACGGCCAGACCCAGUGGUACAACCGGACCUCCGUCAUCCUGUCGCUGGAGCAGGGGAACAAGCUGAGGGAGCAGCACAGCCUGGGGCCCUACGAGCCCUCCACCCCCCUGGCCAAGGCGUCCGACAUCAGCCUGGACAACUUAGUGGAGGGGAAAAGAAGACGCAGAGGGAACCCCGGAGGACAGGCCACCCCCAACCGCCCCUCCUCCGGCAGCCCCCGGACCCCCGGCCCCUCCGGGAAGAGGAAGCUGAUGUCCUCCGACAGCAGUCGCUCGCCGGCCAAGAGAGGCCGCAGGGGGGCGGGCGCCAGAGCGGCUCAGCGGGUCGGUGCGUACAACACGUCGGGCAGCGGCAGCGACCUCCCGGUUCAGCCCGCCGACGUGGCCGAGACCCACGGCCCGCUGCCCCAGAACACCUCGCUCUUCAUGGGCUUCGCCUUCAUGCUGACGGCUUCGUCCGAGGUCGACCGGCUGACCAACAAGAUCACGAGCGAUGACGAGGAGGAUUACGUGGAGACCGGUCCCUACAACAAGAGAUACACGGAGUCCCAGCUGCAGGCAGGCGGAGGCUUCAUCCUGCCAGACUUCAAUGAAGAGCAGUGUAAGGCGGCGUACCAGAGCCUGCUCAUUGCAGACCAGCACUGCCGGACCAGGAAGUACCUGCUGUGCGUGGCCAGCGGCGUGCCGUGCGUGUCCCACAUUUGGGUCCGAGACUGCUGCAAAGAGAACAAGCUGCUCAACUACAGGAACUACCUGCUGCCCGCCGGCGUGGGGCCGGACGACGCCAUCGUGGAGUGGCAUCCUCGCUGCAGUCCGUUCAAGGCCAUGAAGGUCCUGCUGGUGUUCGAGAAGCCGGCGGAGCUUUGGGCCCAGCUGAUAACCAUGGGCGGAGGGUCGUCCGUCCGACACAACCACACCGACAAAGACAGCUCAGACAUUCCUUCUGGGAAGUACGACCUGGUGGUGGCGGACGGCGGCUGUCCGCCGUCGGUCGAGCAGAACGCCACGUCGCAGAAUGUCCCGCUGGUGUCUCCGGAGUGGCUCAUCCAGAGUCUCAUCUGCGGGGAGCGCCUGGACUUCAACAACAAGCCUCAGUAUCGCCACAACUACUCCUCCUCCACCUCCUCUUCCUCAUAAUCGCGCUCCACGUGUGCAAAAAA